AUGGGCAACGUGAACAAGCAAUUGGAUCGUCAUCAAUUGUUUGAUAUUCAAAAGAGAACAACCUUAUCGGCAAAGGAAAUUAAGGAAUGGUACUCGUUGUUUAUGAAACAAUUUCAAGAUACCAAAGUUUCAAAGGAUAAAUACUUGCCAAGCCUAAAGAUUCAUAGUUUACCAUCGAGUUAUGAAAAUACGACAACAAUAAUCACAACAACAUCUCCAUCUUUGAAUAAUAGUAAUACUAAUGGAAAUAAUUCAUCUUUAAAUAAUCAACAAUUGGAUUCUAAUGAAAUUAGUGAUAAACAAGUAGAAAUUGAAAUUGUUGAUAAGAAGGAAAUGACAACGUCGACAGCACCAAAUCAUGAAAAACAAGAACCAAAGAAAUUGACAGAUCUUACCUAUCCAGAAUUAAUUUAUGAUACAACCCACUUGUCAUUUCUCAAAUAUUUCUAUUCGGAAGAUUAUCCAGGAUCAAAUUAUAGGAAGAGUCAGUUACAGUUCGUACAUUUCAUACCAUCGUAUGAAAUUUAUUUGAAAGGUAAUAGAGUAUCACAAGCAGAUUGGACCUAUACAGCCAUAACAAGCCAGAAGAGGAUGGAAGAUACAGAACCAGAAAAGAAGAAGAAGCAUACACCAUUUUCCAUCUCCUUUCAUGACUUGUCUGUAUUCUUUGAAGUUAUCUAUGGAUAUCUUCAACUGAGGCCUUUCGAAAUUGGAAAGCUGCCCAAACACCUGCACAGUCCAGAAGCAUGUACAAGAUAUGUUUUUCAAAAUGUAUUGAAUUUUGUUGGAAUUGAUACUGAUAAUUUGGAAAACAAAGCAAUCUCCAAACAACAAUUUAUGGAUUAUUGUUUUCAUAAAUUGAGUCAAGAAAGUACUCAAGUAUUGGAACAGUCGUCUCAAACCAACCUUGUCAAUUAAUUGUAAAUUUUGUAAAUAUUUCAAAAACUCCCAAAUUAAAUUACAUUUCAAAUC